GUUGUACCUAACAUGAUGUUCCCUUAGGUUGCUUUGUAGUCUUUUCCUUAGUCCCUAUCUAUUGGUUAGAGACCCUUAGAAGCAUUUCCCAACUGUUUUUAGCGUUCCCUUGCUAGAUAUGCUGUAUGAAGUAUUGUGUUCAGAAGUCAUGACACUUACGAUAGUAUUAUAAAUGUCUGGGCUUUGAUGACCAAACCUGGGGCAUGCAAAUGCUAUAUGAUAGUUUUUUUUCCUCUCCGUCAUCUAGAUUUUAGAGUAUACUAAGUUAGGUUAAAUGUAUGUCUGUAUCCGUUCGUCUAGAAGUUACUAUUUCCCAGUUGACUGACCAGUGUUAGUAUUACAAUGCUGUAUGAAAGCACUACAUCGGGUAACCUGCAAUCCUGGUGGGCUUAGUCAUACAUGGCUUCCCAUGAACUUCGGAGAGUGAUGCCUUUGUUCUUGUAUGGUUUUCCUUAACAUGUAGCUCCAAUGUUAUUCUUGUGCUGCAUUUAUUCUUAGAAGACGGAGAUGCAGAAGUCUGACAAUCACGAGCAGAAACUUACAUCACCAAGGGGACUGAUCCAUAAAGUUUUUCGUCGUACAAAUAGCAGGCGAUCUCCAACUGCAGCAGAGCAAGACCCUUCUCCUGUAUUUCCAGAAACAAGCAAUGCUAAAUUCUUGAAGCAAAAUAAUUCAGAAGAUGCUAUCAAGGAUCAAGAAAAGGCGAGCACGCAUGAUAACCGAAUUGAAGAUGAGAAGUCUGAUUUGUUAGGAUAUGAAGUCUGCUCUGGGAAGCUUACAUUAGAUUACAAAGGUAGAAGUGUUUCAGCUGAACAGUCUAGCGGCAACUGCUAUGAUGCUAGGCUCACCACUGAAGCUUUUGUAUGGGGUUCUAACAUCCUUAAGCUUGAGGACAUUGUAUCUGUAUCAUACAAUUCUGGACUCCGGCAUUUCACUGUGCAUGCAUGCCCUCUUGAAAAAAGAUCCAUUGGUCUUUCCUGCUUUAUGAAGCCUAGAAGAUCCCAAAAGGACUUACGAUUCCUAUCUGCAGCUCCCCAUGAGGCCUUUCAGUGGGUUAAUGGUUUUGCAGAUCAACAAUGCUAUGUAAAUCUGUUACCUCACCCCAUGGCAUCUAGCAAGAAGCAUUCUUCUGAACUCAUUCCAUUUGAUGCCAUGCUUGAUCCUUAUGUGAAAUGUCGAUCUCCACCAAAGAUACUUGUCAUCUUGAAUCCUCGAUCUGGACAUGGUAGAUCUAGCAAAGUUUUCCACGGGAAAGUGGAGCCCAUAUUUAAGCUUGCAGGUUUCAAGAUGGAAGUGGUUAAAACUACACAUGCCGGUCAUGCAAAAUCUCUUGUUUCAACUAUCGAUUUCAGUACCUGUCCAGAUGGAAUUGUAUGCGUGGGUGGCGAUGGAAUUGUUAAUGAGGUGCUCAAUGGUCUUCUGUGCAGAGAUGAUCAAAAUGAGUCAGUCUCCAUUCCAAUCGGUAUAAUACCUGCAGGGUCUGAUAACUCACUAGUGUGGACAGUCUUGGGUGUUAAAGAUCCAAUUUCUGCGGCAUUGUCAAUUGUCAGGGGAGGUUUUACACCUAUUGAUGUUUUUUCUGUUGAAUGGAUUCAGAGUGGCACUACUCAUUUUGGAACAACUGUAUCAUAUUUUGGUUUUGUUAGCGAUGUUCUUGAACUCUCAGAGAAAUACCAGAAGCGUUUUGGUCCACUCCGUUACAUUGUAGCUGGUUUUCUGAAAUUCUUGUGCUUGCCCAAAUACAGUUUUGAACUGGAGUACCUUCCAGUAUCGAAUGCUGAUGGACCUGAGCAUAAAACUGUGGAAGGGCAAGAAAAGGUUGACACAUCGGACCUCUAUGAUGAUGUAGUUCAGAGGUCAAGAGCAGAAUGUUUACCACGUGCCUCAAGUUUAUCUAGCAUUGAUUCGGUCAUGUCUACAAGUAUAAUGUCUGGGGGAGAACCGGAGGUUUCUAGUCCCCAUGCUAAUAAUGAACCCUCUGAACUUGUCCGUGCACUUGACCCGAAAUCAAAACGCCUGUCAUUAGGGAGGACGAGUACUUUCAAAGAACCAGAAGAAGUGCUCCAUCCUCAGGCCUCGACUCCUAGUUGGUGUAGAUCCAAAUCAAAGUCAAGGACAGAAAAAGCAUGGCCAGGUUUGACUACUACAAAUGAUACGAAGUCGUCUAGGGGCACUACAACGCAUGAUAAAGAAGACACAUCGUCCACAGUUUCAGAUCCUGGACCUGCAUGGGAUACAGGACCCAAGUGGGAUAUGGAACCUAAAUGGGAUAAUCAACAUAACUGGGAAUCUGAGACUCCCAUUGAGCUACAUGGUCCAUCAGAUGACAUCGAGCUUGGUCUGACUAAGGAACUGGUGCCAAGCUUAGAUGAAAGAUGGGUUGUUAGGAAAGGGCGUUAUCUUGGUGUAUUGGUUUGCAACCAUUCAUGCAAGACUGUGCAGAGUUUAAGUUCCCAGGUUGUUGCUCCCAAGGCUGAAUAUGAUGACAAUUGUCUGGACCUGCUGUUGGUUGGCGGAAGUGGGAGGCUGAGGUUAUUAAGAUUUUUGGUGCUUUUGCAGUUUGGAAAACACAUUUCUCUUCCACAUGUCGAAUAUUUAAAGGUAAAAUCCGUGAGACUCAAGGCCGGCCCAAAUACACAUGAUGGAUGUGGUAUUGAUGGUGAACUACUCCAUGUCAAGGGGCAAGUUCGCUGUAGUUUGCUACCUCAGCAAUGUCGCUUGAUCGGCAGGCCAGCCCAAAACCCUGUACAGUAGCUGUAAAUACAUUACUCUGCAUCCUGCAGCCCCAAGGUCUGCCUGGAAUCUUGCACCUGUACCACCGGCAGUGUCGUGGGAUUUGUGUCCCGUGUCCAGAACAGCAGUGCUGACAGACAGGCACGCAGACCCAGGGAUGUACAUAUGUGCCUGUGAUUAGUAAAAGUGCUGGAUGGUGACAUUUAUCCAAGAAAUGUAAAGCCUAUCAACAACCUGUUGUGCAUCUGUUCUUUUCGCCUUUACUUGAGCUGAUAUCUGAUGUAGCCAUCCUGAUCAGUGUACUUGGGGUUUAGAACAUCACAGCGCUCACCCCAGGUAUGUGCGGUUGUUUGGCUGUCCCUGUUUGUGCUAUUGUCUGGAGGUCCCUGCUGCCGGCAACAUGAUGCUUGUUAGCCCCCAUUAAAGGGACAAAGCACCUCCGAUGCAAUGUCCCUGAUCAGUUUGUAGUGUUUACAGAAGUGUGAAUAAGGUUUUCUAUCAUGUCGGGUUCCCAGUACAGUAUAGGAUUUGAACGACAAGAAAAAGGAAGAAGAUAUUUGUAGUGCUGCUGCCUCUUUCACCUUGUAACUCUUUUUCACCUGUUUAUUGUGAUUGUGAUGUAUUAAGUUGUAAUUUGCUCGAAUUGUCUGCCAUAAACGACUUGGAUCAUAUAACUUGUUGAAGAUAAACUUGCCGAUAUGUUUUGUGUGUUGUUCUCUGCUGGGUAAUAAGAAACAUGGUUUGAUGUAUC